GAUAAGAAUUCUGCUAUUGUGGCAGCAUUCUAAUACAGUGUCCCCCGUUUUCGGCAACGUUACUGAAUUCACUUUUACUCUCCUUCUGCUUAUCCAUGGAAAACAACAUUAAUAAUCGCCAGAAAUUGAUGAAAGAGAAACUGGAAGCUUGAUAGAUAAUAACUGAAUCUGGAUGGCAACCGCAUACUGUAGCCCAGUUCUUGGGCCUGUUCUUAAGAAAGUUAGUAGUUCCAUCUGGAGGCAUCAAAAUAAAAUAAGAUGUAAUCCAUUGGUGGUGGUUUCAUCAUCAGAUAGAUUUUCUAAAACUGCACUAUAUUUCGGUAGGGCUUGCACAGAGAAGGUAAAUGUCAAGCGAAUGCACAAAUGUAGUUUGUCGGCUUCCUACGAAACUUUAGAUGAACAGCCUGAUUCUGUACAUGAAGAAGAUGAAGACUAUAUAUCAAGAUAUACUUUAAUAUGGAGGGCAGUCAAGUUACCAAUAUACUCUGUGGCCUUGAUUCCUCUCAGUGUUGGAAGUGCAGUUGCUUAUUUCCAAACUGGUGUGUUUGCUGCUAGACGUUAUUUCCUUCUCUUAGCUGGUUCAAUUCUUAUUAUCACUUGGCUCAAUCUAAGCAACGACGUUUAUGAUUUUGAUACAGGAGCAGACAAGAACAAGAAAGAGUCAGUUGUAAACAUAAUUGGCAGUGGAAGCCGAACAGGAACAUUAAUUGCUGCCUUCAUGUUGCUUGCUCUUGGCUUUGGAGGACUUGUUUGGGCUUCCAUUGAUGCUUCAAACAUUCGUGCAUUACUUUUACUUGCUUCAGCUGUUAUCUGCGGUUGUAUCUAUCAGUGCCCUCCAUUUCGCUUAAACUACAGAGCACUUGGAGAGCCCCUAUGUUUUGCAGCAUUUGGUCCAUUUGCUACAACUGCUUUUUAUUUGAUGCAGAGCCACACCAGAAUGGAACUUCCCAUAACUGGUACAAUUCUUGCUGCAUCAAUCCUUGUUGGAUUCACCACAACAUUAAUUUUAUUCUGCAGUCAUUUUCAUCAGGUAGAAGGAGAUAGAGCGGUUGGGAAAAUGUCUCCAUUGGUUAUUAUUGGCAGAAGAAGAGGUUCGGUUGUAGUCAAAGUGGCUAUUAUAACUCUUUACACGCUAUUGUUUGUUCUUGGCCUAAGCAGAGCUCUUCCUUUCACAUGCACGUUACUUUGUGGAUUGACGAUGCCAAUUGGGAAUCUAGUUGUGAAUUAUGUCGGAAAGUACCAUGAAGACAAAGCAAAGAUUUUUAUGGCGAAGUAUUACUGCGUGAGAUUGCAUUCAGCAUUUGGUGUUGCUUUGGUUGUUGGAUUAUUAGUGUCUAGGAUGAUGAUCAACAAGCCGAUAAUCUUUUGAUUGGAGAAUAAUGCUUAAAUAUGAAAUUUAGAAGAAUGAUGAUUAUUAUCAUAUCAAGUAAAUGUAUCUUUAAUUAGUUGGAAAUUUUGAAAUGAAGUCAUCAAUGGUUAGUGUGAUUCAGGAAAACAAAUUUGUAGGGAGUAUUUAUUUUUCAUAAGAUGGUGAACUCUUGUUUUAGAUUCUUGUUAUAUUGUAAUAAUUAUUUUUUAAUGGU